GCAUUCAACGGAUGUUUUGUUUACUCUGCUGCGUAUUUUCAUUCCAUCUCGUUAGCGACCAAAGUAAAAUUCAAUGAAAAAAUAAAUUCGGAUCUUUUUUCUGAAGAAAAACAAUAAAAAUGUGUUCAUUAAGUAGUGGUGAAUUGAAUUGUGCAAUUGAAAUAACGCACAUCAUUAAUCCGCACCUGUUUUGGUUCGAAUAUAAAAAUAUUAAGUUAACAAAUGCCGGUGAAAUAGAAGAUGCAUUGAAAAAAUAUGCAAAAGAAAAUGGCGAUACAAAAAGCGCCGAUAAGUCGAAUGGAAGAUAUCGCUGCGAACCGGUGGUGGCGGUCUUUUCAUGUUCGAUGAAAAAAUGGAUUCGGGCCAAUGUUGAAGCUACCGACGAGCCACUCAAACCAAAUGAAAUAAUUUUGUGGGCCAUGGACUAUGGUUAUCCGAUCAAAAGCACGUUGGAUUUGGUUUUAAUAUUGGACAUCAAGCUUAAGAAAAUAUGCUACACAACACCUUCCAAUGUUGUUAAGGGUGGCAUUUAUCAAAUAAUGCCGGCAACAAAGACAAUGAGUAAAGAUGGCAAGCAGUUGCGCAUCCUCCAUUCGGAUAAAUGGGAUCAAAUAGCGAUUGAACACUUGGUAAACAUGAAGUCACAUACAGCCAUGAGCAUGUACUUCGAUAAGAAAUUUGAAACAAACAAUCAUGCGCUAGGCACACUAUACCUGAAAUAUAAUCAAGUUGGUAGAGUGAAUCAAAAGUCGGUAGCUGAUAUACUAUUAAAAAUGGAAUUGGCUACUGCGUUAUCACCGGAAAAAUUUGAAAAACAAAUCGUUGGCAGUGGAACAAUCAAAAUCAGCCGAUGGCUCGACAACAACGGUGAUCUGAAUUGUAUGGACAACAUUGAAAAGAAAUCAGAUCAGUCUAGAGCAGGUUCAUCAGCUGAUUUACAACAUGUGGCCGAAGUUCCAAGUCCCGAAGUGAAAGUAUUCGAUCAACACAAAUUGAUCAGAAAGUUUUCGAGAAUUCAAAUUAUGGAAACGGCGGAAAAUCAAAGCCGAUCAUCUGGUAGGUCGUCAAAAAGUCAAACGGAAGCAUCCCGUACACAAUCAGAAUUGGAAGAAUCAGAACCAGUGGCGACGACGUCCGGUAGAGCUGCACUUAAAGAAAGAUUGAAAAAAGUACAAGAAACACAGACAACGUCACCAAAGCCUAGAGAAAACACCGCACAAUCCAAUGCAUUGGCAUCCGAAUCUGCACGCUUAUUACAGACAGUUGAACCUGGAUUGGUGAGUAAGAUAAAGAGCACACCGAUUUUCAUUCGCAACAACGACGAAGAGCCGCUUGAAACAGUAAAGCAAGCAAACUUCACCGACGCUGUGCACAGAGGUCUGAAAAAAAUGAACUAUCAAGAAACAUACGUGUCACAAGGAUAUGCUUGGCCGAAUCUAUUGCGAGGAAAUUCAUUGGUAUUGGUUAACUCGCAAAAUUCUGGAAAAACAAUGGCAUACCUUCCAGCACUCUGUUCAUUAGUUCAUCGAAAGCUCGAUGAAGCCAAGAAAAGCAAGACAGAUCAAAAAAAGUCGGGAUUGGGAAUGGGAGUUACGGCCAUCAUUGUUUGUUUAUCAUCAGGUGUUCAAAAGAUUGUUGAAGAUUGUCGCCAAAUUUUACAAAUGCGUGAAUUUGAAUGUCAUGUUAUUGAAGGAAUUGGGAAACAUCAUGCCACGAACGUUACGAUUAAACUUUACAAUGGUAGUAACAUUUUGGUUACGACCGCACCGUGCCUUACGGAAUUAUUGAAAAAACAAAAGCAUGUCAUCAACAACGAAAAGUUAAAGUGCAUUGCAUUCGAGAAUUUGGACUGCAUCAUGGAAAAACAUCCGGAAAUGUGUGCAGAUAUCAUCAAAGAUUUGUGCCUUCGUAAAUCGUACAAAGGGGAUGUGAGACAAUUUAUUGUCACUUCACGCACUUGGAACAAAAACUUGUCAAAUUUCCUGAAAGAAGACUAUAUCGCUGAUUCCGUCCUAAUCAUUGGAAAUUAUUUAGAGGCUUCGUUUUCGGCUGGUGUUACGCUGAACUUCCGAUUGUGCCUAAAUCAUUUGAAACUCGACCAACUAAAUAAUCACAUUCAAUCGAUGAAGGUUCAAACGGAACGAACAAUGAUUGUGUGCAAUGAAAUGGCCGACGCUGAACAAGUCGCCGAAUAUCUUGAUAAAAAACAAAUUCCAAACCUAGUGAUCAAAGAAUUUCACUCAAAGUAUGCGAUAUCGAGAACCAAAGCAUUUUGGGAUAAAAUUGAAGGUGUUCUCAUAUGUACCGAUGAACAUUUGGCUACCACACAAAUUCGGAAUGUACAACAUAUCAUACAUUUUUCCGUACAUCGGGAGAAAUAUCAACCGUUUUUGAAUCGAUUUUCAUCGUUAUUGGAUUUCAUUGCUGAUGAAAAAAAUGCUAAGAAAGCAACAUCCACUUUAUUCAUUGACGACCACAAUUUCAAGCAAUUGCCGAAGAUGGUCUCACUAUUAACAAGAGACCGGCAAAACGUGCCAAAAGAGUUGCUCGAAUUAAGUCAGCAAGCCCGUGCCCUAAACCGAAUGGAAAAGGCCGAAAAGCAACGCUAUCACUCGAUUUGUAACUCGCUUUUUAUGCACGGCAACAUCGAGCAUCAGGCCACCUGUCAAUAUCGUCAUUUGAUAUUACCGUCCGACAUUUUAAUUGGUGAUAAAAAUGACAUCAAAAAUGGGCUGCGUUUCAAUGUACUAAAAGUCAUAAGUCCAACGGAAUACAUAGUGCAGCCAAUCAGUCAUGCCGACGCUAUUGAUAACAUUGGCCGUUACGGGGAAUGGCAAACUUUCAAUAAAUCAAAUGAAUUUGACCAAUUCAAUUCAGAGCUGCAAUUGCACUACAAAAACAUGACCAAUCAAAAGAUGCUUCACACAUUCGAACUGGGAAAAUCAUGUGUCAUUUCCAUUCGGGAAAUUUUCUACCGUGCCGAGAUUAUGCAAAUUAUUGAAAAACGAAAUCUUGCCGGCUCUGAUAAGUAUCAAGUACGCCUCAUCGAUAAUGGGGACAUUGAACUAAUGCAUGCAAGCGAACUCUAUACACUGGAAAAAGAAUUCAAAAGUAUGCCACGCCAAGCAUAUCAUCUUCAUUUGACCAGCAUAAUACCGGCUGACAAAGAAGAUGACUGGGAUCCACGUGUGUGUGAAAACAUUCGAAAUCAUAUAAAUAAAACGAUCGCAGAAGGAAGCGAUCUCAUAUUCGAAGGAAAUGUAGUUUUUACGCUACGCAAUACAAUUGUCGUUGAUAUAAUGCGACUAAUCGAUUUGAAGGACAUCAUUGUUAAAUUUUAUGUAAAAAGAUACUUAAUGAAUGUACUCAAACAGGGCGAAUCAUCAAAAGCAAGCAUGAAAAAGGUGGUUGAAAUGGUCAAAGCUGAGGGUGUGAAAAUUAAGCCAAAAAUACGAGGAAAUGCUGUCGCUGAAACAAAUGCAGUAGUUUCACCCAAUGUAUCAGCCGCAAAUAUUAACAAUGAAUCGAUAAGUAGUUAUGUUGAACCUGAGAGCCCAGGAUGUUCAUUCGAUGAUUUAGCAAGCGAAACUACGUCGCAAGGUGAUUGUGAUGAAAAAUGGGUGUCACCAUGGAAAAUUCAGCACAAAAAUGUGCACAUUUCCCAAUUCGAUUUUCCAUCGUGUUUUUACGUGGUACAUUCGUCUAAAGAGCUCGAUGAGAUGUACAAGGCAAUUAACAAACAUGUGGAAGAAAACAUAAUUACAUCACUGGAUGAUUCCAUGGAGGAACCGGAUGUGUAUAAAUACUGUUUGGUACGGAUUGACGACGAUUUCAAUCGUGCCAAAGUAUUGGAAGUUCUUUGUGGAAAUGACGGAAUUAUGAUUAAAGUUUUUUUGGUUGAUGUUGGAUUGAUUAAGGUCGUCAACAUGGACCAAGUUUAUGAUAUACCCGACAAUCUCAUUCAAAUGCAACCAUUCCAGGCUAUCUGGUGCAAUUUGGUUGGCAUAAAAUCGAAUGAAAUGAAAGAUGAUGGAACUAUUUAUUGGAGUGAAGAAAGAAUUGAUGAAAUCUACAAUACAAUCGAUCAAUAUGGUGCUAACCUCAUACUGCACACAGUUUCUUCGAAUAAAUUCGCUAAAACUUAUGUGGCAGACACAAAAAUUACUUGUCAUGAUGUUGUGCUGUUAGCUGUAAAUGACGCUGAACAAAUCAAUAUCAACGAAAUGCUUGUCGAACAAAAAUUGGCCGAAUUCGAUCCAGAGACGAAGCAUCAAUUGGAAAAUGUACCUGAUGUGACCGGUAAAGAUAAUGACAGCGAUAACGAAAAUUGGGAUAAUGAUUUCGAUCCAAAUAAUUCAUGGGAAAUGGUAUACAAUACACCACCGAAAAGCACAGAAACAUCAUGUGAAAUGGACUCGUUUGAUUUCGAAUCUCUUGACAAGUACUUGAAUGAAGAUGAUAGUCAACUCGACGAAUUUUUGAUUGCUUUGAACUUAAAAGAGCCGUCAACAACCGAAGUCAACGAAGCCGUAGCAGGAAGAGGAGAUACUGGGUAUGUAUCCGAGGAAACGAAUGAUAACGUCAGUGAAAGUUUUAACGACGAAAAAAGUGAAGAUGCGGUAAAAUAUAGCAUCGACGAUAAUCAUCAUCAACUCGAAUACAUUUACAAACGACCACGUAUCUACUGGUUCCAAUCGGAUGAAUAUAUUGUUUUGAAAAUAUCUGCACACGAUGGCGUGAAGUACAAUCUGGAAAUAACGUGCGAUCAACUCAUUUAUAGCACUACCGAAAAUGAAGUAAAAACUGUAGCAAUCAUACGAUUUUUUGGUUGCAUUGAUCAGGAACAAACUGAACACAAUGUACGUGGUUUGAAUGUGAUGAUUCGAUUACACAAAUCGUGUCCGGUAAAAUGGUCUCGCUUACGUUCAACAACGGAAAAAUGCAACUGGAUAAUACAAAAUGUAGAAGCAUUCAAAGACGAAGAUUUCUAUUCGCAAGCCAGAAAUACAUUUGCAAAAGUGGAGCGCAACGUCGAAAGCGAUGAAGAAGAAAAUGAAGAAAUCAAAGCCAAAUCGAAUCCAUUCGAAGAAGAUGAUCGAUCAUUUGAUGAAGCUAUUUCAGAUGAUGUUUCAACUCAAUAAAAUGAGGACACAUACUUGUGCUCAUUGCCUUUUUUUCUGCUUCCAAACAUUUACAAAACUAGAGCUCAUUGGUCUCAGACCCAAAAAAUUCUAUCACAUUUUUAUUUACUCAUAAUUUUUAGUACAUAAUAUUCAUUUUCUUUUCACUUUAUCAUAAAACCCAUAAAAAAGUGACUUACAGUCAGUCAAGAAUAAAUGAAUUGAUUCAAAAUUUUACACAUCGAA